GUGCCUGUUCAUAAAGUUGUCUAUUGGAGUUAGCACGUUCUCGAGCUAACUGAUUUUGCUGAACAAUCCAUAUUUGAAGACGUUUGCGGCUGAGCCCACCGAGUCCCGAGGCAAGAGUAACGUCAUAGUGAAUAUAAAUCUACUCACUUCUCAAUGAGGUACAGAGCGAAGCAUCUCAUACCCUGGUGCCAUGGACCAUCAUGCCAUUUCCACAUCCCUUGGCCACUCAGAGGGACCAUCUAUGUUAGUAGGAUCUACAGCACAAGACAACUACCUCCACUCCCCCAAAAGGAUGACCCAUCUGACAAAACUGUUGUGCCUAUUCAAGAUCGUGCCAUGUCAACAAUGCAGAAUCUGACAGACCUAGGAAAAAUGUGGGGGCAGAAGUCCAUGAGCACGGCCUCAAACACUGUUAACUACUGGUGGGCGAGGUAUGAGGAGUUUGUCGGCCUGACUGAAGUCAGAGAGGCCCAGUCCAAAGUCACAGAGGCAGAGAAAGCUUUCAUGGUGGCCAGAGGGAUGGUGCGAGAGGCCCAUGGCAGCCUGGAGGCCCUACAGGUCCGUCUGAAGGAAGUGAGAGACCGACUGGAUCGGGUCUCACGAGAGGAAGCCCACUAUCUGGAGCUGGCCACGCUGGAACACAAGCUACUUCAGGAGGAAAGGCGCCUUCGGACAGCAUAUGAAAACGCAGAGGAAGCAGAGCGAGAGAAGUUUGCCUUAUUCUCUGCCGGUGUGCGUGAGAGCCACGAGAAAGAGAGGACUCGAGCUGAGCGCACAAAGAACUGGUCCGUGAUUGGUUCUGUGCUUGGGGCUCUAAUAGGAGUCAUGGGAUCAACCUACAUUAACAGGGUACGCUUGCAAGAGCUGAAGACCUUACUAUUAGAGGCCCAGAAAGGACCAGUCAGCCUACAGGAGGCUAUCAAAGUCCAGGCUGGUAUGAAUAAGACUCAACAAGAUGAGCUGAGAGGACUUAUUGACACCCUGCGGAAGACGCUUCAGGGUACAGCAGGUCAAGCAGAGAAACCGGAAGGGCCAGGGUUAGCCAGGAGGAGGCCAGAGGUGGACCCCAGCAUGGUUGGUCUCACUUCCCAACCUUCUCUCAGUGCCUCCGACUCAGUUCUGAAGGAGAUUUUGCUUUAUAGCCAGAAAGCACAGGUUCUUAUAGAACGCUUCCUGCCACAGUUAGGGCAGCUUGAACAGAGUGUUGGGAAGGUGGAAUUAGAACUUAUAUCUGUUAAGAAUAUGAUUGAGACUUACAAUAAUGAAGAGAAGCUGCCUGCAAUUAUUAGUCAGCAAGAUUCACAGCUGUUGGUUUGCAAUACUGAGAGUGUCAUGAAAGGACUAGACCAGACGGAGAAAAGACUUGAGGCCUCAAUAAGCCAAACUACCAUGUACAACACUGUCCUGGCUUAUGGUGCACUUGCUGUCACUGUGCCUGCUCUGUACAUCCUCUUUAGAGGAAUAUGACCAACAUAAGAAUUAGUCUUAUGAGUUCUAGCUUGAUUUACCAUGUAAUAGUUAGAUGUUCAUGGGUAAAAAGAAGCUUGACGUCAAUAACUGUAUAUUGUGUGUGAAAAAAGUGAGGUGUCAUGUAUAUUAAAGAUCUGUGUCAAACAAAUGUACAAUAUUUGAAUUAAAAUAUAUUUUAUGUAGAUCAUAAAUUAUUCAGAAGUGUCUAAUUCUAAUAAAAAGGUAAUUUCA